AUGUCGGAGCAGAGGACACCGGACCCAGCUGCCGACGAGGAGCGUCGCCGCCAAGCGGCUGAGGAGAAGGCUGGUGCCAAAGGAAAGGCGAAGGCGGGCACGCAGCAGCCAUCCGAUCCCGCACAAGCCCCCCAAGACGACGACACAGGCGUCAACCCUGACAACAUGUCUGAGGCAGAAUUCCGCAGGCUCAUCAUGACCACGCUCACCGGCCUGUCCAAGGACACGCGCACGGUGGUCAGCGAGCUCGAUGGCGUCAAGAACCGCGUCGCGGCGAUGGAGAUCAGUCGUGCGAACAGCAAGCAGAGCAAGACCUCGCCCAGCGUCACCUCCGGACAGCUGGAGACGACCCAGAAAGAUGCUCCGCCCGACAAACCACCGAUCUUGCACCCGAAGCCGAAGCAUGCUGUCUCCCCCACCAAGCUCCAAGCUAUUGAGGAGAGCGCUGACAACAUCCGCCAUGGCGAAGGUGGAGGUGGAGGCGCGACACGGACUUCGCCGAUCACUCAAAGGGUCCCUGAACAGGAUAGUUCCGCCCCUCCAGGCACUGAUCUCGCGAGGGCGGCUGACGACAACGACCGCCAGCCUGCGGCGCGGCCAGCGACGCGCCAGAACGGUCAACACGGGACGCAUGAACAUCACCGCCUGCAGCAACAUCCCCCAGACGAUGUUUUCACGUCCUCACAGCCGGUCCUCCCGCAGAACCAAGUGCACUCGAACCUCUUCUCACCGGUCCAACAACACCCCAGUGCUCGUCAACCAUACUCGACCAUGAUGCCCAGCGGAGCGAUGGCCUACCCUCAUCCGGUCUACCAGCCGCAGCUUCCGCCAGUCCGAAUUGAGACGAAGGAUCUCCCCCAGUUUGAAGGUUUCGAAGACAAGGAUGGUAUCGAACGUUUUGUCCGAGCCAUCGACGUCCACCUGAGGACGGGGGUUAGCGAGUACCAGAUCAUAGCCCGACUCGGCACGCUUUUCCACGGUUCAGCGAAUGAGUGGUUCAUCACUCUCACCGAUGGCGAACUGGAGCGGCUUCGCACAUGGUCGGACUGGAGAGCCAGGCUGCUGGAGACGUUCCGCCCCACGAAUAUCAAGUUGAUCGAGCAACAAGCAGCCGCGCACCGCAUCAUCCGCAACGACGAGGACGUCAGGCAAUACUUCCACGAGAAGAAGAACCUUCUUCGUCGUGGGAACCCUUCCAUGUCCGACGCCGAGAUUGGCCUCCAGAUCCUUGGUGGGACUCCCAUGCAGUGGCGUGCCAACGUCACCUGGGACCCCGACCGCGACUCUCUCCACGAUCUCCAAACAUCGAUGGAACGUCGAGCUGGCCUCCUGCACGCCCAAUGGUGGGACAAGAAUCUGGACAUGCGCGACAGUAACGGCCAUCCUCGUCCUGGCUACGUCAGUUGGCUGUCGGACCUCUCCCGCAGUGCCAACUCUAGGGCGCCAAAAGGGAACAAGAAUCAGCAGUCGUCCUCAGACAACAACAACCAGUCUCAGCAGUCACGCGACACGCAGUCGAACGACCGUCAGCAGGGUCAACGCUCCAACAACAGGAAUGCGAACUACGGCCACAACACAGAGGACUACAAACGCCAGUGGCUCGACAACCAGCGCAAGUUCCUUGGGCGCGACCCCAGAAGCAGGACGCCCCUGCCUCGGGAUCGAAUGCGGCCGCAGGGCCGUCCUUUCGCCCCUCCCGCCAGUAGUGCGGACGAACAAGAUGUGUAUAUUGACGACCCCUACGAUUUGACAUACCGACCAAACAAUGUGUAUUGGCUCGCAGCCCAAGAAAAGAGAAAACAACAAAACGAUGUGCAGAACGACAACAAUGCUCUCUCUCUCCGUACAACUCCGAGGCCUCAACAACCGACACCUCCCACACACGAUGGUUGCUCGCUGAAACCUCAUGAUACCCCCAUCCCAGAAUGCACAGCGACGAUCGAACUCCUCCCCUCCUCAGACGACGAAGAGCAGGACGACGGGACCAAAGACGACGCUCCUCGUCAGAAGAAGAAGAAGAAGGAGAAGAUCGCCAAUGCAGGAGAAACAAGCUCAGAGACGAAGCGACCGUCUUGCACUCAGACACCGCAAGCACACGUCUACGAUGUUUCUUCAGCACCAGUCGCUGAUGCCGAACUCAACGACUGGUUACAGUCCGAUUGGGUGCCGACGCCGACGUUGGCGUUCGCUCGCAUCGGAACAAGCAACCAGCCACACAGAGUCCUCAUCGACUCUGGCGCCGACCUGUGCCUGGUCGGCGAAGCUUAUCUCCGAAACGAGAUCGAGAAUUACAACAUCGAAGAUUCAGCAAUUUUGACGAUCAACGGUGUCAACGGCACCUCACGAACCCUGGGAUCGACCAUCCUCCCGCUGCGUUUUUCCAGGAAAGACGCGCGAGGACACGACCAGGUGUUCCUCAUCCGCUUCCACGUUGUUCCCGACCUCAAGGAUGGACUCCUGGUGGGGAACAACGCUCUGAUCGCAAUGAACGCUGUGAUUGACUUGUCUCGAGGGCGGAUGAAACUCCAGGACCAAGAAUAUCUCAUCACCUCAGCUCGACGACGCCGACAAGACCCGAUGAACUACGGUCACGCUCGCGACGUCCGACUGAAGAACGCCUACAUCAUUCAACCUGGUUGCCGCAUGAAAGUGCCAGUCCACGUCAUCACCGGCGGUUUCAAAUCCGAUUUCCUCAUUGAACCCGUCCCACUGGAGAACGGAGCACGAUUGAUCCGCGGUCCGAGAGCGCUCGAGCCAGCGCACACCGACGAGGUCAUGUAUGAGUUCUUCAAUGGGACUCGCAAACCGAUUAAGCUCAAACGGGGGUUACUCGUUGGGAAGGCAAUCCCUAAGUCUCGCGACCAAGUGCGCGAACUUAAGGACAUCCAACAAGUCGUCGAUUCACUCUCACAUGAGCUUGAGAAAACGAAGAUGGCCAACUUCAUCAACACAGAGGAAGACUACCUCACCUCGGAGGACUGGGAGGAGUACAAGACGCUCCUCGACAAGAUCAACAUCAACGAGAAUCUUGACAACGACCAGCGCCGCAAGGUUGAGAACCUUCUCUACUGCAAACGGGCCGCUUUCGCUUCAGAGAAGAACCCGAUCGGCCUGACAAGACGGGCGGUUUUUGACGUCGACACUGGAGACGCCAAACCGACUACCCACUGCCCGUAUCACGCCAGUCCUCUUCGACGGAAGCUGAUCAGAGAAAGAAUCAAGGCUCUGAAGGACAUGCAGCUCAUCCAGGACUCUACCUCGGAAUGGUCCUCACCUGUGAUAAUGGUCGAACAGAAUGGUCAAUGGCGUAUGUGCGUCGACUAUCGGGCACUCAACAAGAUCACAGUGGGCGACCAAUACCCCGUGCCCCGUGUCUUCGACAUCCUUGACUCGCUCGAGGGCAGUCACUGGUUCUCCUCAUUCGACCUGAACAAAGGUUAUUACCAGAUUCCGACUACGCCGCGGGCAGCGAAGCGUUUAGCUUUCCGGACCCAGGAUGGACUCUACGAACCCUUGCGGAUGCCUUUCGGCGCGAAGGGCGCUCCAGCAGCGUUUCAAAGGCUGAUGGACACGCUCUUAGCAGAAGGCCGCUGGCUCUGGUGUCUCGCGUACAUAGACGACAUCAUCGUCUACAGCAAGACUUUCGAUGACCACGUGACGCACGUUCGCUGGGUCCUCGGCCAGAUGAUCGACGGCGGCCUCACUCUCCAUCCGUCGAAGUCCCAUCUGUUCGUGAAUUCCAUCGACCUCCUGGGGCACCAUGUCUCCAACGCCGGAAUAGCCAAAGGAAAGAAGGCUACCGAUGCAAUCACCAAGCAGAAGAGACCGACCACAGUCAAGGAGCUCUCACGUUUCCUGGGACUCGCCUCACAUUACCGAAGAUUCGUGAAGAACUUCGCAAUUUUAGCCACGCCUCUCCGAGAGCUUCGCCGUCUGGCAGUACAGCUCAACUCUCACCACCUGCCUUGGAACGAGACGUACGAAGCGGCCUACAACCUGCUGAUCGAGAAGCUUGCUGAGGAUGUCCUCCUGGCACACCCGAACCCGGACAAGAAGUUCUACAUCGAGAGCGACGCUUGCCUCGACGGUUUCGGUGCUGUUAUUUCUCAGAAGACUCCAGAAGGAUACCUCCGGCCCAUCGCCUUCAUCUCCAGACAGACCGUCGACGGAGAGAAGAACAUGGCAGCGACAGAGCUUGAAUGCGCUGGACUCAUGUGGGCACUGGAGAAGUUCCGCCCAUACAUUGAGGGUGGGACUGUCCAGAUGCUCUGUGACCAUAAGGCUUUACAACAACUCGAGAAUUACAAAGGCGAUUGCAAACGAAUGCAGCGAGCAAGCGCCCUUCUCAUGUCGUAUCACUCAACCAUCGACUUCGUCUACAAGCAGGCCAAGAAGAUGCAACACGUCGACCAAUGCAGCCGCAAUCCAUUGCCAGCGACGGACCGCGACCGUGCUCGUCCAGAGGAGGAGAUUCCCGAACCCUGGAUGGGGGGAACACCGAUCCAUCCACCGCCUCGCGGGGCCCGCACGAAACCGGACCACUCCGCAUCGAUUAUCACUGACGAACUUGGCGACCUCGACGAAGGCGCAGUUCACGCUGUCUGGGAGAUCCUACCGGACAACGACACGAUCCGACGCAUCAAUGAAGCGAUGUACGACGACCCAAAGUUCAUCAAGAUUGUUGACGAGAUUCUUCUCCGAUACGACGUUCCCGACACCAAGCCUUACGAUCGAGAGCACUGGCGAAAGACCAUGUGGCACCCGAGCAAGCCUUUUGUCCUCAGUGACGGUAUCCUACACACCGUCCACAGCAACGUCCCACGGUUUAUGAUCUACGUUCCCGACGACAAGUCUCUUCGCGACGAUAUUCUUUCCCGUUUCCACGACACACCCAUGGCAGGACAUCGCGGCAGCGAGUCGACUUAUCUGCGGCUUGUCGAGCACUUCUGGUGGCCGGGCGUUCAGCGCUGUGUGCGCUCGUUCGUCAGACACUGCGAGUCUUGCCAAAAGAACAAGCCAGACAACCUUCUGCCACCCGGCCUCCUCAAACCCAUUCCCCACUGCCCCGAACGUUGGCACACAAUCCAGAUGGAUUGGAUGACGAAACUCCCCACGUCCAAUGGAUUCGACGCAUGCCUAGUUGUGCUCGAUCGUCUAACCAAACGUGUACGACUUAUCCCCACUUGUGAGGAGGGUAUGACAUCUCGCCUGCUCGCCAAGCUUAUGUUCGACUCUGUCUUCUCAUUAUUUGGCCUGCCUAAGGUUAUCAUCUCAGAUAGAGACUCAAAGUUGACAUCUGAGAUGUGGCAGGACCUGAUGGCUUUCCUGGGAGUACAACAUCGACUGGCGACAGCGUUCCACCAACAAACCGACGGCGGUUGUGAACGUGUCAUACGUGUCAUCAAAGAAGGUCUACGUCAUUACGUGAACAAGGAUGGAUCCAACUGGUCAGACUACGUCUCUACACUUGAGGUUGCCCACAACUCGAGCGUUCAAGCGUCCACCAAGAAGACACCCUUCGAGCUCGACCUCGGUCGCGCCCCCUUCUUCAUUCACGACUCUUCCCCGACGAACCCUAAUCCCGAGGUUCGCUCCCUCGUGGCCAGACUGCACAUGGACGCACGCGAAGCGGUCGAAGCCCUGCAGGCGGCACAACAGAACCAGAAACAACAAUACGACGCGCUACAUCGCGACGUUGAGUUCAAGAUCGGCGACGAGGUUCUACUGGCGACGGCUAUAUACAAGCCGCGUGAUGAAGAAGGAGAGCAAUUCCAACACAGCAAGCUUGGCCCAACAUUCUGGGGACCGUUCACAAUUAUAGACAUCCCCUUUGACAACGUCGCCAAGCUUCGCCUCGCCGAAGGAAUGCGCAUUCACGACCAAGUUAGUUUCGCCCACAUUCGCAAGUUCCACCGUCGAGGGACCGGACCGACCGCGGUGCGGAAGCUCCAGUCUGUGAUCGACGCCCGACCAACACACAACGGCGAGAUCAAAUGGCGAGUACGCUUCCAGAACUCACCCGACGGAACGGUCUGGCCCGACGAAUGGUGCGAUGAGACCGAACUCCGCUUCUAUGGUGGCGGCGACAUCGUCGACCAACACCGAGAACAUCAACAAGAAUUCAACGGCGAGCACCUCGCCUUCUACAUCUACCAUUUCAACCCUGAUAACGAAUUGGACAUCGAAGAUUCCAUCAGGCAUUUUUCUUACGAACUUCAAGAACACGCUGGCGAUUAA